AUGAAACGAAGUUCGGAUGGUUCGAAGAAGUCUUCGAAUGAGAAACCACUUAAAGAUUUAUUUGGAAGGCCGAUUAAAAGCGAUGGGAGUUGGAGUUCUAAAGGAGGUGACGAUCUUCUGAUUUUUACCCACGAUGAAUGCAAACCGAAACAGAAAGUUGCUUGUUUUGACAUGGACGGAACUCUAAUAACUACAAAAUCAGGAAAAGUGUUUGCUGUUGAUACAAAUGACUGGAAGCUUCUUCAUGCACAUAUACCGAAAACUCUCAGAGAACUUCAUAACGACGGAUUCAAAAUUGUCAUUUUUACAAACCAAAAAGGAAUCAAAGUGGGAAAAGUCGAUAAGAACUUGUUUAAAAAGAAAAUAGAGGCAAUAAUUGCGAAACUAGGAGUACCUGUCCAAGCAUUCGUCGCUAUUUCCGAUGGAAUCUACCGUAAGCCAUGCAUCGGAAUGUGGAAAGAAUUGGAAGAGCUAAAUGAAGGAAUCUCCAUUGAAAAAUCAGCCAGCUUAUAUGUUGGCGAUGCAGCGGGAAGACACAAAACAAGCAUUAGACCAAAAAAGGACCAUUCAUGUGCGGAUCGAUUUUUUGCCUUGAAUGUCGGGCUCAAAUUUUACACCCCAGAAGAAUUUUUUGAGAAAAAUCAACAGCAGGAACCAUGGGGUCCACCGGCAUUUGAACCCAAAAAUCUUUUCGAUGAAUCUUUAAAUGAAUAUGUGCCAAAUGAUACCAAGAUUCCAUCAGAUAAUCUUGAAAUAAUAGUAUUGGUUGGAUUUCCGGGAUCGGGAAAGUCAUCGUUUUCGCGAUCACUUGCUGAAGCCCAUGGUUACGUCGUAGUAAACCGGGAUACACUCGGCACUUGGCAAAAAUGUGUUGCACAGACGAAAUAUGCUUUGAAUGAAGGAAAACGAGUAAUUGUCGAUAAUACCAAUCCAGACAAGGAGUCUCGAAAACGUUAUAUCGACGUGGCGAAAGAACUCGGUGUAGAAUGUCGGUGCUUCAAAAUGAACUGCGAUCUCGUCCAGGCUGAACACAAUGUGCGGUAUCGUAGUCUAAUAAAUGAAGAUGCUCCCAAAAUCGGAAUAAUGGUUUUAAGAAUGCACAACUCUAAAUUCCAAGAACCAGAUCUUGCUGAGGGUUUCAAAGAAAUUGUCCUUGUUAACUUCAAGCCGAAGUUUGAUAGCAAAGAGAAUAAGGAGCUGUUUUCAAUGUAUCUCAUCGAAUAA